CGUGGCUAUGGUGUUGGCUUCUCCUCGCGAGAUUUUGGCAAAGCUCGGCGUCUUAGGGUUUGUGGCGAAUGUGGUGAUCCCUGGCGCUUGAUCGCGGCGCCUUUUCUCCUCUCUGGUGGCAUGGAGCUCGAUGGCUUGCCUCUGGAAGGCGCUGGCAGCAGCGGAGCCACUGCCGAGGAUUGGCAGAAAUCGCUCGCUCGCGUCGUCCGCGGCGUCGUGGUGCUCAGGACGACCGCUUGCAGGGCAUUCGAUACGGAGACUGCGAGCUCCGGCUAUGCGACGGGAUUCGUGGUGGACAAGGCCCGGAGCAUAAUUCUCACCAAUCGCCAUGUCGUGAAGCCUGGUCCCGUGGUUGCGGAGGCGAUCUUUCUCAACAGGGAAGAAAUUCCGGUGUAUCCUUUGUAUCGCGAUCCUGUACACGACUUUGGGUUCUUUCGAUUCGAUCCAAAGAGCGUCGAGUUUAUGAACUACGAGGAGAUUCCUCUCGCUCCAGAGGCCGCGGCUGUGGGUCUAGAAAUUCGUGUUGUGGGGAAUGAUAGCGGAGAAAAGCUCUCCAUACUUGCGGGUACCAUUGCCAGGCUUGAUCGAGAUGCUCCACCGUAUAAAAAGGAUGGAUACAACGAUUUCAACACAUUCUAUAUGCAGGCAGCGUCAGGAACUAAAGGAGGAUCUAGUGGAUCUCCUGUUGUAGAUUGCAAAGGAAGGGCCGUCGCUAUAAAUGCUGGUAGCAAAGUAGCAGGGGCUUCGGCGUAUUUUCUUCCUCUGGAUCGUGUGGUAAGAGCACUCCGUGUUCUUCAGGAAAGCAAAGAUGGAUUUGGUGAUGGGUGGCAACCAGUGGAUAUACCUCGGGGGACUUUGCAGAUGACAUUGCUGCACAAAGGAUUUGAUGAAACCAGACGUCUGGGCUUGCGGCAUGACACUGAGCAAACUGUUCGAUCUGCUUCUCCUCCGAGUGAAACCGGCAUGCUCGUCGUAGAUUCUGUGGUGCCGGGUGGUCCUUCUCAUAAGCACCUGGAGCCUGGAGAUGUGCUUGUUCGCGUGAACAAAGAAGUAGUAACACAGUUUUUAAAACUUGAAAUACUCCUUGACGACAACGUUGACAAAGACGUGGAGCUCGAACUCGAGAGAGGUGGAAAAGAUGUUCAAGUCACGUUGAAGGUGCAAGACUUACAUUCAAUCACGCCUAAUUACUUUUUAGAAAUGAGUGGAGCCAUUAUCCAUCCUCUGUCUUAUCAACAGGCUCGGAAUUUUCGCUUUAACUGUGGACUUGUAUAUGUCGCAGAUCCGGGGUACAUGCUGUCGCGAGCAGGGGUUCCAAAGUUUGGGAUAAUCAAAAAGCUUGCUGGAGAAAGCAUUUCAACCUUGGAAGAUCUUAUUGUCGGUUUUGGUAAGCUUGCCCCUGGUGCGCGUGUCCCACUAGAAUUCUAUGUGUACAGCGAUCGGCAUAGAGGCAAGUCUGUGCUGGUGACCAUUGAAAGGCACGAAUGGUAUGCACCUCCGCAAAUCUAUGUUCGUGAUGAUUCUACCGGACUUUGGAAUCCUCGUCCGGCCAUAUCCAGUAAACCUGUUUCAACUUUUCAUAGUGACGAGAAGCAGGGACCAUGCAAGAUGUCAGGUGCUUUACAAGACGGUUCUGCUAUCGAAUGUAGAGGAGGAGUUGCGGUUUCAAUGAGCGCCGAAGAUGGCUUCCAAAGUGACGAAGGCAACCAGCUGAGCGACGGGUCUUUGAACCAAGGAGAAACUAAGAGAAGACGAGUGAACGAGCUUCUAGCUGUUCCGGAAGAUAAUCAGCCUGACAUUCUUGCGGAAGUUGUUGAUUCUCAAACUCCAGAAGUAACAGGUGGUGCUUCAGGUGUUGAGCAGGUUUUAGAGCCGACUCUCGUUAUGAUGGAGGUUCAUAUUCCACCGUCUUCACUACUCGAUGGCGUGCAUGCCCAGCACUUCUUUGGUACAGGGAUCAUUAUACAUCACUCCUCCGACUUGGGCCUUAUAGCCGUGGACAGAAACACUGUCGCAAUUUCAGUUGCCGAUAUAAUGCUUUCUUUUGCCGCAAUUCCAAUCGAGAUUCCUGCUGAGGUGGUGUUUUUACAUCCAAUACACGACUUUGCGGUUGUUGCUUAUAAUCCGUCGGCUCUAGGAGAAGCUGGAGCAGCCGCCGUCCGAGCUGCUGUCUUACACCCGGAACCACUGAAAAGAGGUGAUGCCGUUCACCUAGUUGGUCUGAGCAGGAGCAUGCAGGCUACGUCACGCAAGUCAGUAGUGACCAACCCUGCCGCUUCGCUGAAUGUGGGGGCAGCAGAUUGUCCACGAUAUCGAGCAAUGAACAUGGAAGUUGUUGAGAUUGAUACUGAUUUUGGCCAUACGUUUUCGGGAGUUCUUGCCGACGACGAAGGGAGAGUACAAGCUCUUUGGGCUAGCUUCUCAACUCAAGUUAAAUACGGCGACAGCUCUCCGGAAGAUCACCAGUUCGUUCGAGGCAUUCCAAUAUCGUACAUCAGUGAAAUACGCGACGGGAUUGUCGAUGGACACCGAGGACCACCUUUACAUAUCAACGGUAUUGAGAGACGUAUGCCCCUGGUUCGCGUUCUGGAAGUUGAGCUCUAUCCGACCUUGUUGUCAAAAGCAAGGAGCUUUGGUCUUAGCGAUAAAUGGGUUCAGGCUCUAGCUAAAAAAGAUCCAAUAAGACGUCAAGUGUUGCGGGUCAAAGGCUGUUUAGCGGGCUCUAAGGCGGAGUCUGCACUCGAGCAAAGCGAUAUGUUACUGGCAAUCAACAACAUGCCUAUAACUUGCUUUCAAGACGUUGAGCAAGCCUGCCAACGUGCUGAAGAGGGCGAAACUGACGAACUACACAUGACCGUCUUUCGACAGGGUGUCGAAGUAGAGAUUGUGAUUGGAACGGACGUCCGCGAUGGUUUUGGCACGAUGCAAAUGGUGAACUGGGCAGGCUGCGUCGUCCAAGAUCCUCAUCCGGCUGUAAGAGCACUGGGCUUUCUCCCGGAAGAGGGCCAUGGAGUUUACGUUGCCAGGUGGUGCCAUGGAAGUCCCGCUCACAGAUAUGGCCUUUAUGCUCUUCAAUGGAUCGUGGAAGUGAAUGGGAACAAGACACCGGACUUGCAAACGUUUAUCGAAGUUGUCAAGGAACUCAACCAUGGAGACUUUGUGCGCGUCAAAGUGGUCCAUUUGAACGGCAAGCCACGGGUUUUGACGCUCAAGCAGGAUUUGCACUACUGGCCAACAUGGGAAUUGGCGUUCGAUCCAAAGUCGGCGAUAUGGAAGCGAAGAACCAUCAAAGGCAUGCCACAGGAGACCGAAGGUACCAUAGCAGCGUAACGUAAAUCUUUGCGUAGAGAUAGUUUAUAGAUUGGAUAUCUCUGGGAGAACUCACUGUGUAUAUCAAGCAUUCUUGAGAGGAUCACAGUCUCUAUAGUUGAAACUUCCAAGAUUGGAUGAAAUGAAAUAAAAGAUUUCGGGGGACAUGCUCUCUCUUUGGAAA